AUGGCUUUACUUUAUCGUCAGACGAGUAUACAUGGAUAUUUAAAGGAAGAUAUGUCACCAGAAGAAUUCUGGUUCAAACUUACAUUGACUGUUGUAUUGGUCCUUGUAGGUGGAUUGUUUGCUGGCUUAACGCUUGGCUUAAUGAGCUUGGAUGAAACAAAUCUUCAUAUAUUGGCCACUUCUGGUGAUGCUAAACAGAGAAAGUACGCUGCACGCAUUCAGCCAAUUCGCAAAAAUGGACAUCUGCUGCUCGUUACACUUCUCUUGGCUAAUGUCGUCGUCAAUGAAACAUUGCCUAUUAUAAUGGAUGAUUUAAUCGGUGGAGGUUUAAUUGCCAUUCUGAUAUCGAGUGCUCUUAUUGUCAUAUUUGGAGAAAUCAUACCGCAGAGCAUAUGUUCUAGAUUUGGGCUAGCUGUUGGUGCAUUUUUUGCUUGGCCUGUUAAAAUCUUUAUUUGGAUAUGUUUUCCUGUUGCAUAUCCAAUAGCCUGCUUAUUGGACUAUCUGCUGGAACUCAAAGAGUUAAUUCAAUAUCAUGAGACAUCAACUGAACGUGGAGGCGAUCUUGUGUCGGAUACUGUGACAAUAAUACAAGGGGCACUUGACUUGCAGGAGAAGACGGUCGAAGCUGCAAUGACACCGAUAUCAGAAGCGUUCAUGAUGCCACAUGAUGCCGUCAUUGACAGGAAAACUAUGGAAGAGAUUGCAAUUAGAGGUCAUUCAAGGAUUCCCGUAUAUAAAGGAUGGAGGGAAAACAUCAUCGGAGUCUUGUUGGUAAAGUCUUUUCUGCUUUACAAUCCUGAUGAAGGCAGGCCUCUUAAUAGAUUUUCGAUAUAUCCAGUUCCACGUGUGAGAGCUGACGUUCCGUCGUUUGACAUGCUAAAUACGUUCCAAGAAGGACGGAGUCACAUGGCGAUCGUCACAUCCACUGAUAAUGGUGAACCCAUUGGCAUUAUCACACUCGAAGAUGUGUUGGAAGAAUUAAUUCAGGAGGAAAUAUACGAUGAAACAGACGUACGCGCUGGGCUGGCAAUUCCAUUGGCUAGUGGUGACCAAGUUAUUCUGGCAUCAAAGAGACGAAGAGCAUCUGCUGACCAACAUAUUGUGGUAACGUGCGACGACGGAUCUAACGUACCCAGGAGAAAUAGGUUCAAGAGUAGACCGGCACCUCCAAGAUCAAGGACAGACCCUGGGUAUGCUAGCAACAACGGAAAUCAGCCGGCGGCACAGCCGGGGGAAGCAAUGCUAGCAACUAGCCCGGGAGCACUAAUCGAUUGGGGCAAUGGUCAGGCGUAUCAAGGCAAUGGUCAGGCGUAUCAAGGCAAUGGUCAGGAGAAUCAAGGCAAUGGUCAGGAGUAUCACGCGAGAGAAGAAGUUUUAAGUGAGCCAGAUUUACGUGAUUAA